GCUUUGCGUAUGAAACAGAAUAUUCUGCAUACGUAAGGGGAUUUUUUUUUUGGUUGGAAGACCCUCCCAAAGAAAAAAAAAACAGGGUUCACGAGUUUGAUAAUCCCCAAGGGGAAAAACACAACCUUUGAUGUUAAAGUUUCAAACUUGAAACCCCAAAUUCAGACAUUGACGUAUGGUGGGAGGAAUCAUGUCCUAACACUCAGCCUGUCUCUGUCUGAAGGAAGAGAAGAUGAUGAUGGCGAGCGUAUCCAUAUCGUCAUCUUCUUCUUAUUUUUAUUCGUCUCAAAGAAAAUUAUAUUGGUUUCUGUCAAAACAAUAAAUAUUCUUCGCUACUCGUUGUUCGAUUCCCAAUGCAGAGAGAGAGAGAGAGAGAGCGAGAGGGGAGAGAGAGAGAGGGAGUUGCAGAGCUGCUGCUUCCGAUAUCUGUGUCUGAUAAAGAAACUGAGGAACCCAAAACAAGAAUAAGCAAAAGAUAAUAGGAACUGAAAGGAAAACGAGAAGACCCAUUUCUUGGAUUCUUCCACUGCAAAAUUCUUGUUUUUGCAAAACUUUUUAUAGUUUCCUUUAUCCUCUUGUCAGUCCUUUUCACCUGUGAUUUUGUAAGAGGUGAGAAGAAAAAAAGGGUAUAGAAAAGGAGAAGCCUUUCAGCCAGAAAUGGGAAGGGGGUGGUACAGGCUCGGCGGCGGCGGCGGCGGUAACGGCGGUGGUGAAGGCGGCAGAGAAGUCUCCUCAUUCAAUUCACAGAGAAAAAGCAGAAGCCGUGAGAGCAGUAGUAAUGCAGCUUCUGGUUGCAUGGCUGCUCUCUUCCAAUUCCUUGAUUUCCACCAUUUUUACUUUCCUUCUCAUCACCACCAUCCCACCAUUGAUUCUCCCCCUAAGCAUCCAAGAGGGUUGGUGCCACCAAGAAACAGCUUGGGACUAACCGAGGAGUCUCCAUUAUCAACAACCUACAAGGACAAAGAACUUCUUAAUGUCCCAAUGGGAUUCAAAGUGAAAACAGGAGGAGGAGCCACAAGAUUAAAGCUCAGAGCCCAUGCCAUGGAAACCUCCUCCUCUUCGUCUGAAAUGGGUAACUCUCCUGGCACCAAGACACCAAACUUGGUGGCUAGACUCAUGGGUCUUGAUCUUCUUCCUGAUGGCAUAGACAAUAACCAUUCAUCACCAGAUCUUCUUCAUGUAAUGCCAAGCCACAGACCUACAAGUAGAUUAACAAGCCACAGGCUCUCCUUAGAUAGCAAAGCCCCUGGGACUAGGUCCCUACCCGAGAGCCCUAGAGUCUCCUCAGCCCGGAAAUCAGAUUUCGACAUCCACCGCCUCUCUCUUCAGCUGAACAAGGAGAAUAAAUACGAAGAACUUGGGUGUUCAAGACUCAGAGCGUUGAAGCAAGAAGAGAGUCCCCGAGCUUAUGCAAAGCAGAUACUGAAUCAAAUCAAAGAGAGGGUCGUCACCAGGAGAAUUGGUAUGGAUAUAACGAACACAGUCAAGAACAGAGAGGCAGAGCCAGGAAGAAAGCGCUAUGAGCUUAAGAGAAACUCUGCAAUGUCUUGCUCCCCAAGUGACAGAUUCCCAGAAAAAGAAAACAAACCAAGCAUCAAACAGAAAACAUCAUCCCAAUCCACGUCAAGACCAGAUCAUAACCCUCAGAGCCCUAAGAUACCGUCUCCAGCGGAACAAGAAAGCCUGAAAAGAGUGAAGCAAAAACAGCUAAGGCCCAUCAAGAGAUGCAAAGAGGGGAAUGGUGAAACAAUGUCUACUCCAAGGCCGACCAAGCAUUCUCUAACGUCCAAUAUUCAGAACAGGCAGGAAGAUGUCUUCUUUUCGAUGUCAAGAAACUCGAAAGAUAAGCACUAUAGUCAUUCAGACAAGAAGAGAAGCAACAAAACCCAUGUUUCAAAUGAUCUCAUCAACAUCUCUGUGGCACCAAUCGUCCCUGUGAAGAAAGCACUAUCUCCUCCCGCCACAAAACUUCCUCAGAAACAGAUGAAUGAAUCUCAGACUCGAGAAUGGGAACGGAAUUCAAAGGCAUUAACACGCCACGGUCAAACGUACAAGCACGAGGAGAAUCUCCUCCAAGUAGCUCGAACCCCCAAUUUGGACCACACGACCGCCAUUGCAGCCACCUCCACAACCACUGGAGGAACCGGGAUAAACAUCGAACAAGAGUACGUUACCAGAAUACUGAGCUACGCAGGCAUAAGAGACACCGACUCACCCGUUUCUUCUGCAACAUGGUCCUCUCAGCCUCACCCGCUCGAUCUUUCUAUUUUCCGAAACCUUGAGCAUUUAGGACAACAUCCAUCUGGACCAUUGGCUCUGCGAUGCAAUCGGAGACUGCUUUUCGAUCUGGCAAACAAGAUUUUGGUUGGAAUCCUCAAUCUGCACACGAGAUGUCACCGAAACUACAAUGGUUCGGAACUCGUCAGCAAGCUUUGUUCAUCCAUAGCAAGUUAUCCACGUGUCAGUUUCACGAAUUCCGAAGAGAUAGAUGCUCUGUUCGCCGGAAAACUGUCGUCGACGAUGAAGGUUGAAGAGGAAGCAGAAGGUAUCGCCGCAGAGAUUGAGCGGGAUAUCGUCGAGACACUAGUGGACGAAACGACGUCGGAUGUAAGCUUGUACGAAACGAAACGGCGUCGGAUCAUUACGCAUUUAAACGGCGUCGUAUCGGGAAACGCAAUGGAAACGACAUCAAAUUUACCGUCUCCAGCGGAACAAGAAAGCCUGAAAAGAGUGAAGCAAAAACAGCUAAGGCCCAUCAAGAGAUGCAAAGAGGGGAAUGGUGAAACAAUGUCUACUCCAAGGCCGACCAAGCAUUCUCUAACGUCCAAUAUUCAGAACAGGCAGGAAGAUGUCUUCUUUUCGAUGUCAAGAAACUCGAAAGAUAAGCACUAUAGUCAUUCAGACAAGAAGAGAAGCAACAAAACCCAUGUUUCAAAUGAUCUCAUCAACAUCUCUGUGGCACCAAUCGUCCCUGUGAAGAAAGCACUAUCUCCUCCCGCCACAAAACUUCCUCAGAAACAGAUGAAUGAAUCUCAGACUCGAGAAUGGGAACGGAAUUCAAAGGCAUUAACACGCCACGGUCAAACGUACAAGCACGAGGAGAAUCUCCUCCAAGUAGCUCGAACCCCCAAUUUGGACCACACGACCGCCAUUGCAGCCACCUCCACAACCACUGGAGGAACCGGGAUAAACAUCGAACAAGAGUACGUUACCAGAAUACUGAGCUACGCAGGCAUAAGAGACACCGACUCACCCGUUUCUUCUGCAACAUGGUCCUCUCAGCCUCACCCGCUCGAUCUUUCUAUUUUCCGAAACCUUGAGCAUUUAGGACAACAUCCAUCUGGACCAUUGGCUCUGCGAUGCAAUCGGAGACUGCUUUUCGAUCUGGCAAACAAGAUUUUGGUUGGAAUCCUCAAUCUGCACACGAGAUGUCACCGAAACUACAAUGGUUCGGAACUCGUCAGCAAGCUUUGUUCAUCCAUAGCAAGUUAUCCACGUGUCAGUUUCACGAAUUCCGAAGAGAUAGAUGCUCUGUUCGCCGGAAAACUGUCGUCGACGAUGAAGGUUGAAGAGGAAGCAGAAGGUAUCGCCGCAGAGAUUGAGCGGGAUAUCGUCGAGACACUAGUGGACGAAACGACGUCGGAUGUAAGCUUGUACGAAACGAAACGGCGUCGGAUCAUUACGCAUUUAAACGGCGUCGUAUCGGGAAACGCAAUGGAAACGACAUCGUAGUUUUUCAGGUUACAGUGCCAUAUGGGCCGUCGGGUUUAGGGCUGAGCAAACGCUUACGUGUCAUGUUAUUAUUGGUUAAUGAAACAUCUGAUAAUAUGUUUGUUUCUAAACUAUAUGCCAAUCAAUGAUCCCUUAUAACA